AUGAAUCUAAGUGAAGAUGCUUUAAUCCAAAUAUUUCAUCAAUUGGACAGUAUUUCUAUUUCAAAUUUUAUUCUUUCUUCAAAAUUCGCAUUUCAUGUGUUUUGUAAUUCAUCAGAACUGUUAAGAAGAUAUGAAUUGAAAAUUACGAGCAGAAACUUUAAGCAAAUUAGUGAAAGUGUAAUUUUUGAAAAUGUUAAAUUUAGAAACAUUUUAAUAUCCGUGAAAAGUACAACGGAAUUUAAAGAUCUUGUAAGCGACAAUAUAUUCAAAAUAUUCACAAAUCAAGAAUCAAUUGAAAAAAUAACAGUUAGUAAUCAUGAUUGGACUUGGAAUGGUAUCCCACAUGACGUAUUUAAUGAGAUAUGUAAAAACUGUAAGAACUUGGAUCAUCUCGUGCUAGAAGGAGCAGGAACUGGUUCUUAUUUUGACAAUGACGAAUUUCCGUUUAAAAUUACAAAACUUGGGACAUCAAUGAUAACUUUUCACUGGUAUGUUGGCAUUAGGUCACCACGUGUUUAUUUUUUGGAGUCUCAAAAAGGAUAUUUAAAGGAACUGACGAUUCACCAACUUCCAUAUGAUUUCGAUGGUGGGAAAGUCCUGAAAUACAUUAUUGAGGAGAUGAAUUUGGAUAAAUUUAAUUAUGGUGAAAUUCCAUUAAUCCAAAAUGGACAGAAGCAAGCAAUUAAGGAAUUUGAAGCUUCUGAAAUCCAAAUUACUAGCGCCUAUGAAAUAGUCACACAUUUUACUUGCGAUAAAUUUAUCUUAAAACUCUCAAAUACAGACAUAUCAAGUGAUUCCAUAGAAAAGAUCAUAAAUCCAUCAACCAACAUAUUUGACAACAUUAAAGAAUUUGAAGUAAUUGACAACAGCUCAAACCGAGGAAUAUUUGGAGUAUUUUUAGGACUUUUCAGGAAUUUAAAGAACAUUCUAAAGCUUACAUUUAGAACUCAGGAUAAGAACAUCAACACAAUUUUUGAAUGUCUCAAAAUCAUGUCUAAUUUGGAAGUAAUCAACUUAACUUCAACAGCACCUAGAGCAUUGCAAAGGUAUCAAACAAUUUUGAAAAAGGCACCAAAACUUAAGAAAAUCUACAUUGCAAAGCAGACAGUUGAAGAUGCAAUUAAUGCAUUUAAAAACAGCCAAAUUGAAAUUUUUGACAUUGAAAAUUCACAAUGUCUAUGGGAUUUUACAUCAAAGAGCAAGUUGUUAUGUACGAGCGAUGGAUAUAAUCAAAUGAAGAUUCAAGAAACAAAGUUUCUGACUGGUGUAUGUUUUAAGGGUCAGACACUAUGGUGA